AUGGCGGUAUCCCAAACUCAACUUGAUCAUUUUUUGGACUUUAUAACGAGCACCCAUGUCAUCCAGGAUCUUCCCUUCGGGCAGAAAUCAAUAAAACUGUCAACAAAGGAAGUCAUUACAGUGCCUAAUGUUAUUCGUAUGAUGGUGCCAGAGUCCAUUGUCAAGCAGUACUUGGCUUAUUCAAGUGAAAGUGGCUUUACAACACUGAGCCGAAGUACACUCUUGAGAAUUCUCAAUGUCUGUUCUGCCUCUGUGAGAAAGUCUCUACAGGGUCUAGAUUAUAUAAGUUGUGCUGGUAGUCAAGCCUUCGACGAUCUCCAUGACGUAGUAAAUAGAUUGGGCGAUUCAUUUAUGGGAAUGACUUGGGCAAGGAAACAAAAGGAGCGGCUUAAGUCCGCAAAGCGUUAUCUAAAGAGCGACUUUAAG